AGCUGUAGUCGCCGACUAGUGCGCGUAAAAAGCAGUUUAAAUGUAUAUUUCUGUGUGACAACUAAAAUUGCGCUUUUUUAUUAAAUUUGAAUUUCGACCUAAAAACUAAAACCAAAAUUCAGAAGCACCGCUAUAUCUGUUCCCACUUCAAUAAUUUUUUUGUUUUCUGUUACUUCAAUUAACACCAUAACCCGCACACAUAUUUUAUGUGGACGACACAAGAUAGUAAACAGUAUAAUUCGCCUCUCCAUUUUAAUUAAAACUAUUGUGCUAAGGCAUCGUACGACUAAAGUGAUCUUGAACACGCCAAAUAAACUGUUUUACAUUCCAUCUGAAAUUUCUUGAUUAGGUUACGUCGAAAGUCCGUCUAUGAAACCUUGUAAUUUGUGGGAAUAUCUUAAAGUGAUGUCUCAACGUAGAGUGUUCUGGGUUUAUUUAUUAGGUUUAUGGUACCUCCCAGUCUCUACCCUAAAAAUUACGAGCCUCGAUGUUCCAAAAAGCGCCUGGGACGCAGUUAAAUUAAACUGCAAGUAUGAUUUAGAGGGUGGAAAUUUCUACGCCGUGAAAUGGUACAAAGACAACAUGGAGUUCUUUAGAUGUACGGCAGAGGGUCUGGUUCAACAGUUCCCUUUGGAGGAGAUAUCUGUCUAUCACCUUGGAAGAUCUCAGAUUGGAUCCUGCUUUUUCGAGCUUAAAGCACUGACUCCAAAAAGUGGCGGCAUCUACACCUGUGAAGUUUGUUUAGAGUGGCCGACAUUCCACACAGUCAGAAAAUCUGCACGUUUAGAGGUGAUUGAGCCAUCGAGGAUUGUCCAGCCGGAAGUUACAACUACGGAGGAUAUCGUCACAAUUGCAUUAACGGCAAGCAGAGGUUCAAGACAUCUGUUUUCAACAAUAAGCAUUGUGUCAGUAGCAUUUUUAAUUUAUACUUUUUAAUACAUUAUCUUCAGUUGGUUAAUGAGCAGUGCCUAUGUAGAACGUAUGAAAUUUUGUGUCUUUACUUUCUUUGUACAACAAACACAUUCUAAAUGAAUUUGACAAUUUUAGAAGCAAGUUUGUAUUCUGUUGUUCGAUUAAAAAGAUUAUAAAUUUCGUAUGUUGUCAUAUAGGGAUACAUUAUUUUUGUGGUAUUUGCGAAGAAAAGUCGCUAUUGGUUUUUGCUAGUUCCUUUUCCAUUUCCUCUGAAUUUCAAAAACCGUAAAAGCCGGUAACAAAUGGUUAAACUUCUCAGUCUUACUUAAUUUGAAAGUUUCGGUGAUAGAAAGAGUGGGUGACAAUGAACUCAAAGGUUUGUAAAUUUUUAAUUUUAAUCAUCUGUACUAAUUAUUAACUAAGGGACCCUAAACCAAAAGAUGGUCGGCGAAUGGGAGUUAGGAAAAGAAUAAAACAAUGCAGAGUUCGCUGCAAUUUUUCUAAAACGCAUGUAUAUCUCUUUAUAAAUAAAUAUUUAUAUGAAAUACUAAAAAAAAGUUUAAUUACUAUUUUUUGAAUAACGUGGAGCGUUUAUAGGAUUUAUUUACUUAUUGUAAACAUCUCAGAAAAGUUAAAUUGUUUAAAAUAACGCAAUAAUUCGAAGAAUCAAAUCAAGGAAAGUGAAGAAGGAAGGUUUUACACUGAACUUAUUAUGUUGUACACUUAUAGUUUAUAUUUAAUUGUAUGUGUUACUAAAUUUUGAUUUUAAUAAAACGAAUGUUAUUUUCUA